GAGCCCUAAAACUUUACUGGUUGGUGGGCUGAAACAUCCCUAACAUGAUGUGAUGGCCCCUGCUUUCCCUCCCAAGGAAAAGCUAGCAGCAGACUGACGUCAAAAGGUUGCAAAUUGUUUUGUGUCGUCAACUUCAAUCUUCCGCACCGCGCACCUGCAUCAAUUGGGGCUUGCUGAUCAGGUACCACUCACGGUUUACAACUCACGAACUAUGGAUCCGUAGUAAAAGAGAUAAUCUCAACUUUAUUUCCAAUUCAUGACACAAUCAUCCCUUUUUGAGACGACGACAGCAUAGCAGCAUAGCUAUUUGACGUAGCUCGCCCCAUUUUCUUGUUGAUCGUUGAUCAUCCCUCGUCCGUCAUCCCAGUUUCCGACAACACACGCAAACGGCACCGAUCCCGAUUCGAUCCUACGCAGCACUUAGUGCUUGGUCAUGUUCAUCCUGUUCGACGAUGGCAUCAACUCUUCGACGCCGGGCUGUCGGCGCCGACAACUCUGAAUCCUCAUCGCAGGCCCCCACCCCGAGAGACGAAAGUCCGGUGAAGCCGGGCGACAAGGUCAAGAUCGUCCACGAUCACCAACCAAAGACGCGCAAACGGCGGAACACCUUCAUUUUCCUUUUGGGAAUUCUGUUCGGCCUCGUAGGCGCCGGAUUUCUAGCUAAAAAUAAUGAUUUAAUUGAACUUCCCGAGAUUGGCGAGCUUAGCAUGGACAGUUUUCUCGAUGUGCUGCCUGCUGGGUUGGUCAAAGAUAUGAGGGACCUUGUAAAAGGCGAGCGAGAUUUUGUCGAUAGCUACGAUUCCUUUUCCGUCGGAUUGAAGGCCCGGUCCGAGGGACUUAGUGUCCAUCAUCCCGUCAUCAUGGUCCCUGGCGUCAUCUCGACAGGCCUUGAAUCCUGGGGUACCGCCAAUAUUUCCCGACCGUACUUCCGAAAGCGACUCUGGGGUAGCUGGACAAUGAUGAGAGCACUUGUCAUGGAUAAGGAGAUAUGGAAAAAGCAUAUUAUGUUAGACAAAAAGACAGGGUUAGAUCCUCCCAACAUCAAGUUGAGAGCCGCCCAGGGUUUUGAUGCUACCGACUUCUUUAUUACGGGAUAUUGGAUUUGGAGCAAGAUCUUAGAAAACCUCGCGUCUUUGGGAUACGACCCUACGAAUUCCUUCACGGCCGCUUAUGACUGGCGGUUGUCCUAUCAAAAUCUCGAACUUCGAGACCAAUACUUCACGAGAUUAAAGAGCUAUGUCGAGCUAGCACACCAAUUCUCUGGCCAGAAAGUAGUCCUCACUUCCCACAGUAUGGGUAGUCAGGUUCUGUUUUACUUCUUCCAUUGGGUUGCAUCGGCACAAGGUGGUAAAGGGGGCGACGAUUGGGUCGAACGUCAUGUCGAAGCCUGGAUCAACAUUAGUGGAUGCAUGUUGGGCGCUGUCAAAGAUGUUACUGCCAUCCUCUCUGGAGAAAUGCGUGACACGGCACAAUUAAAUUCCUUUGCGGUGUAUGGACUCGAGAAAUUCUUAAACAAAGACGAACGGGCCGAAAUAUUCCGAGCUAUGCCAGGUAUAUCGGCUAUGUUACCAAUUGGCGGCGAAGCCAUUUGGGGAAACUUGACGUGGGCGCCGGAUGAUCAACCUGAACAGAAAGAUUCGUUUGGCUCAUUCUUGAACUUCCGCCGCGGUGCUAACUGGACUACGCCGGACACGAAUUUGACAGUCGGCGAGGCGAUGAAGUAUCUUUUGGAGACGACCGACGACUGGUACUCAGACCAGAUACAGAGGAGUUACUCUCGUGGAGUAGCUCACACUUCUGCCGAAGUAGAAGCUAACGAACUAGACCAUCGCAAAUGGAUCAAUCCUCUGGAGACGAGGUUGCCUCUAGCUCCCAACUUGAAGGUGUAUUGCUUCUACGGCGUGGGAAAACCAACAGAAAGGUCGUACUAUUACCGCACCCCCGAGUUUCCUGGAUUAACGAAUCUUAAUGUCACCAUUGACACGGGGCUGACGGUUGAUGAUAUCGAUCAUGGAGUUAUCAUGGGAGAGGGUGACGGUACUGUCAAUCUUUUAAGUACCGGUUAUAUGUGUUCCAAGGGUUGGCACAUGAAGCGAUAUAACCCGGCAGGUGUCAAGGUCUCUGUAGUUGAAAUGCCCCAUGAGCCGGAAAGGUUUAAUCCUCGUGGAGGACCUAACACGGCGGACCAUGUGGAUAUUCUAGGGCGACAGACGCUUAACGAGCUGAUACUGCGUGUUGUGGCCGGCAAAGGUUACAUGAUCGAGGACAACAUUUUCAGCAACAUCAAGGAGUACGCCGAGAAGGUGAAGAUCUACGAAGAGGAGAAGGAAGGAUAAUAUCGACUAGCAUAUCGACUAAAAUAGACGAGUGAUGAUUAUCACAAGGGUUGAUUGACGAAUUAAAGAUGUAGCAUAAAUAUAUGGAACUGGGUGUAUUUUAGGAUGGGGAUGGAUAUUUUAUACCUCUAGGGUGGUUUGAAGGACUUUCAAUAUAAUACCCUAAUAUCCCUAUUGAUAUGUUAAGACGACGAAUAUAGAUAUACACAUUAAGAAUGUUAACGCAGA